UAUUAUAUAUAUUAUAUUUGUAUUUGUUUUUCUAAUCACUGAGCCACUUUGCUGCCUCCUAGGCAAAUAGAGGUUAAGUGAUUUGCCUAAAAUCACACAGCUAGUGCCUGAGGCCACAUUUGAACUCAUGUCUCCCAGUCUCUAGGCUGAGCCCUCUCAGCAUAUAUAUGUGUGUGUCUGGGUUUCAUUCAAACUGGGGUUGAAUCUUUAGGCUAGGAAGCCAAUCAAAGGUGGCUCCCCCCCCCCCAAUAUAUAUAUAAAAUUUGUUUUGAUGGAAGGAAUUUCCACACCUAUGCUGAUGUUAUCACAAAUCAGGACCAAAAAUCCUCAAACAAAUCCCAAAAAUGAUUUAGGGAUUUUUUUUCAUGGACUACUACAAGAAAACAAUGAGUACUAGUUCUGACGUUCCUCUUUUUCCUCCUCUUGAUACCUUUGCCUAUUAGAGUGUAAGCUCCUUGAGAGAAGGGAUUCUAUUUUUGUUUGUAUUUUUGCUCCCACUUAAUAAAGGCUAAUUGAUUGUUGUCUCUCCCAUUCCCCCCACCCCAUCCCGUUUCUCUGUGUCCUCAGCGUUUGGCAAAAUUGUCGCUUAAUAAAUGCUUGUCGACUCUGGCACAGAGAAGAUCUCUGCUCCUGAGCAUCCAAAAUUGGCUUGAUAUAACAGGGACUACUGGGAAAUUCUCAAUUGUCAUCACUACUAUUGAUAAACCUUAAAGCACUCCAAACACGUGGAAUGGUUAUUUUUGUUACUCAUUUAUUGGGCUUUUGGACUUGAUUUGACCCUUGAGUUGUCCGACACUGAGGGUUAGUCACGGCCACCCAGGGAGAAGCAGAAGACGUCCAGGAUGGUAGAGUUGCUCAGCCUCCAGGUGGCCCAACUCCCGCUAGCUCCGCCCCACGCGUGCGCACAAGCGCUCUCUCAGCGCAGGCCCCCGCCCCUGCGUCGGAGCACGUCAGGCACGUCGCUGCUGCACGCCCUGAAGGAAGCUGGGGGCUUGGGAGUCUGGGGCCCAUGAGGUGCGCUCCCUGUGCAUUCCCUCUUCUCUGGCUCCGCCGUGCGGGAUCCGAGGAUGCCGCGGGAGCCGCCCCGGCUCCGCUCCGUGAACAGUCGGGAGCCGUCAUCCGUGAUCUUCUGUAACCGUACUUGCCGCCGGGUGCUCCCCUUCUGGGUCAACUUCGAGGGGCACCCGACACCCUACCGGAUGCUGCUGCCCGGCACCGGCCGCAGGAUGAGCAGCUACCUCGGCCAUUUUUGGUUAUUCAGAGAUGCAAACACAGGGGACGGACUUCUUGUUAACCAGACCGAACUAUUUGUGCCGACUCUAAAUGAAAAUGGGCAGCCUGUUUUUGCCAACAUCACACUCCCAGUUUAUACACUGAAAGAGAGAUGUCUUCAAGUUGUUCGUUGUCUGGUCAAGCCUGAGGACUACAGGAAACUGGACAUCGUGAGGUCAUUGUAUGAUGAUCUUGAAGACCACCCUGAUAUCCAGAAGGACCUUAGGAGGCUUUCAUUGGAGUACCUUGAAAAUCAAGUGAAUAAAGAUUAAGAGACUGCUUCUGAGGCUUUACUGGGGAAGCCCUUGAGUAAUUUUAUCUAACCAUGGUUCUGUUGUUUACUGUCAAGUUCAGAGUAUCUUGUGCUCAAGAAGUAAAAUAUUCUAAUGGCAAUGGUUGCUUCAGGAAUUAGAACAUUAACAUUUUAAGUCUGUAACUGAGAUGUUAACUGUAACUGGAUUCAUUGGACUUUGUGAUGUUUAGGAGUUAUGAUCACAAAAUGCAUUUUAAUGAGUGUCCUCUUUGGGAAUAUCAUCUACCUUCAGUGAGUUGGCUGCUGUUUGGGAGUCUCGGUCCUCUGACUAAUAGGAUGCAAACUUACCUUGGAUAGGGAUACCCCCAAACCCCAGACCAGUAGCUUCCAACUCUUAACUAUAUGAUCUAUUAUGAUUUAUGAAGUUAGAACUGUGGCCAGCUUUACAGGGGGCUUUGGCUCAAUUUAGGCUGGUUCUUAAUCUGUAAGACAGUAUUAUUAAUCUAUUUGUUUACCUUUAUGGAAAAUAAGAAUUUAUCUAGUCAGGUUGUAAUUAAUCCCAAUUACAGAAUUUAAAGACAUAUAUGUGAAAAAAUCAAGAAUAAUGCUUAUGAGAGAUGAAAAAGUGACUCCUAGUGAUUCAGGAUUGUUUGUAGUGCAAGGCUGUUUUGUUGCAGAAAAGCAGAAUGCUCAACACAAAGUAUAUCAUUUUACUUGUGAGAAUACUAGCACCAGGCUUAAGAACAAGUUAUUCAGAAGUGUCUGGGAAGCUUAUUGUGGGUGGGGCUUGUAAAAAUUAAGGUGAUUAUUCAUUUUGUUGGGCAGUCAUUUGUGGAGGACUUUUUUGGUAAUUUUUAAGUUCUAUUUUUUCAGUACUAUUCUAAGGAUUUCUAAGCUGUGACUGUCUUGGUUUCUACACAGUGAAUAAGGUGCAUUAUCAAUAUUUGUAUUUCAGCCUAGCCUGAAGAAAUGACUACAAAGGCAAGAACUUCAUAGUACUGUAAAUGUUAUUGUUUUUGUUGUUCUCUUUUUUAUAUAUCUAAUGACUUAUUCAUUUAUGCCAUCAUAUUUCAUAAAGCACAAUUUUUUAAUCAUCCACUGUAAUUUUUCUACCUGAGGAAAUGUUUUUGUAUUUCUAUUUUUACUCUACUAUGUAUUUUAAAGUACUAUGUAUAUAUGUGUAUAUGUAUAGGAAUAUGGUGAGUUAACUUCAAAGCCGGAAAUGGUUUAUUCCUUAUAAACUUAACUUCUUUGUUCUGGCUUUGACUCAAUGUCAUUAAUUACACAUCCUCUAAGGGACAAUCCUUAAAGGUUGGUGUUGGAUUUUUCCUUAUUUUCCUUUUCCUAUGGUAAUGAGUUACCAAAUACUGACCUUUAGACUCAAUUCUUAUGCUCUGACUUGACCUGGACUUGGAGGCUAAAUGAAAUAAUGAGCAAUCAUUCCACCACAAUGUCGAGUUAAAAAUUCUACUUUCUUUCCUUUCUUUUUUAAGUGCUAGAGCAAUUUGUCUCUAGUGUUUCCCAACUUCUUAUUUCAUGACAGGUUUAAUUGUGUCCCGUCCCCGUCCCCCCCCUCCCCCUCACUUGCCAUAUAGCUCUUGUGUUGGGAAGAUAAAAGAACUCCAUAGAUUUUACAGAGAAUUUUGGAGUGCUAGUGGAAAGACAGAUAUUCAUAUUGAAAGAGAGAGGGAAUUUAGGGGAGUCCGAACCAGAGUCACUGAGUUUAUUCUUAGUUUCCUUUUUCAGACAGUAUGGCAUCAUGGGAUCAGGACACAGACAGGCCCUAGGCAAGUCCCUUAGAGUGCUCAGUGCCCUGGGUAACUACAACAGUGGGAGAGAAGGCUGAUACUCUGAUGAAAACCUGUCUCAUCAUGGAAGUUGUAGGUUCUGUCCCCAAUCAAUCCCCCUCCCUGCUAUUUUCUUAAAGCCUUUCUAGUCCUUCAUGAUGGGUUUUUUUUUCUCAUUAAAUCAUGCAAUUUGAAUAUUGUUUUCCAAUAUAGACUGUCUUAAGGAGCACUUCUGUUAGUCAUAUAGUAGUUUCUUAUUUCUGUGACUUAUCAAUUUUAAUAAGAUUAUACUUUUUUGUCUCAGCUAUAGUUUGUCAUUAACAACAACAACAAACAAUUUUUUGUUCAACUACAGUUUGGCAUUAAAUAGUACUAAUAUUUUAAUUUAUGAAGAAUAAAGAAUUAGGUCCAUGGA